ACGUUUGUGACUUAUGCAUACACCAAUGACAAGCCAUUGCAGCCUGCCCAGGCAUUUGCAUCCCUUUCACUGUUCCACAUUCUGGUCACACCUCUGUUCCUGCUGUCCACCGUGGUUCGUUUUGCAGUCAAGGCCAUCGUGAGUGUACAGAAGCUGAACGAGUUUCUCCUGAGUGAUGAGAUUGGAGAUGACAGCUGGAGAGGGGGGGACAGCUCUGUUCCUUAUGAAUCCUGUAAGAAGCACACAGGACUUCACACCAAGGCCAUCAAUAGGAGGCAGCCCCUGAGGUAUCAGCUUGAAAGCUACGAGCAGCCAAAAAGGAAGCACACACGACCUGUGGAGAUCGAUGAUGUGGCCAUUAAGGUGACCAAUGGAUACUUUUCGUGGGGAAGUGGUUUAGCUACACUGUCCAACAUAAACAUUAGAAUCCCAACAGGUCAGAUGACAAUGAUCGUGGGCCAAGUUGGCUGUGGCAAGUCUUCACUUCUCCUUGCUAUACUGGGAGAGAUGCAGACCCUGGAGGGAAAAGUUCACUGGAGCAAUGUAAAUGAAAUGGAACCUUCUUUUGAAGCAUCCAGAAGUAGGAACAGGUACUCCGUGGCUUACGCAGCUCAGAAACCGUGGCUGCUCAAUGCCACCGUGGAGGAGAACAUCAUCUUUGGCAGUCCCUUUAAUAAGCAGAGGUACAAGGCUGUUACAGAUGCCUGUUCUCUGCAGCCUGAUAUUGACUUACUACCAUUUGGUGACCAGACAGAAAUUGGAGAAAGGGGGAUUAAUUUAAGUGGUGGCCAACGACAGAGAAUCUGUGUUGCUCGAGCACUCUACCAGAACACCAACAUUGUCUUCUUGGAUGACCCAUUCUCUGCACUGGACAUUCACUUAAGUGAUCACUUAAUGCAGGAAGGGAUUUUGAAGUUUCUGCAAGAGGACAAGAGGACUCUUGUUCUAGUGACACAUAAAUUACAAUAUCUGCCACAUGCUGACUGGAUCAUAGCAAUGAAGGAUGGAAUGGUGCUUAGAGAAGGAACACUAAAGGAUAUCCAAAACAAGGAUGUUGAGCUGUAUGAACACUGGAAAACUCUGAUGAAUCGCCAAGAUCAAGAGCUGGAAAAGGAUAUGGAAGCUGACCAGACAACUCUUGAGAGAAAAACCCUUAGAAGGGCCAUGUACCCCAGAGAAUCUAAGUCACAACUGGAAGAUGAAGAUGAAGAGGAGGAAGAGGAAGAAGAUGAAGAUGAUAACAUGUCAACUGUCUUGAGGCUCAGGACAAAGAUGCCAUGGAAAACCUGUUGGAGAUAUCUAACCUCUGGAGGAUUUUUCUUGCUCUUUCUGAUGAUUUUCUCCAAGCUGUUGAAACACUCAGUUAUUGUGGCCAUAGAUUAUUGGCUUGCUACAUGGACAUCCAUGGACAAUGCAAAUGAAGCCAGGAAUACUGAUGAGGAUAAGAACACAGAGAAGGCUUAUCAUGUAGCUGUCUUCAGCAUCCUCUCUGGAGCUGGAAUUAUCCUUUGCCUCAUCACAUCCCUGACUGUGGAGUGGAUGGGCCUCACAGCAGCCAAGAACCUACACCACCAUCUCCUCAACAAGAUCAUCCUUGGACCAAUCAGGUUCUUUGACAUGACUCCACUGGGGCUAAUUCUAAAUCGCUUCUCUGCUGAUACAAAUAUCAUUGAUCAGCACAUCCCUCCCACACUGGAGUCUCUGACCAGAUCCACCUUGCUCUGCCUGUCAGCCAUUGGAAUGAUCUCCUAUGCCACUCCAUGGUUCCUUGUGGCCCUCGUGCCCCUGGGCAUAGCAUUUUAUUUUAUCCAGAAAUACUUCAGGGUUGCUUCCAAGGACCUCCAGGAACUUGAUGACAGCACCCAGCUCCCUCUGCUGUGUCACUUCUCUGAGACAGCUGAAGGCCUUACCACCAUCAGAGCAUUCGGGCACGAAGCCAGAUUUAAACAACGUAUGCUGGAGCUGACGGACACGAACAACAUUGCCUACUUAUUUCUGUCAGCUGCCAACAGAUGGCUGGAGGUCAGGACGGAUUACCUGGGUGCUUGUAUUGUCCUGACUGCUGCUGUCACUUCCAUCACUGAAGGGCCACACUCGGGGUUUGUGGGGCUGGGUCUCCUGUAUGCUCUGACGAUAACCAACUACCUGAACUGGGUAGUGAGGAAUCUGGCUGAUCUGGAAGUGCAGAUGGGUGCAGUGAAAAAAGUACACAGCUUCCUGAACAUGGAGUCAGAGAACUAUGAAGGCUACCUGGAUCCCUCUCAAGUCCCCAAAGACUGGCCCCAGGAGGGGGAAAUCAAGAUUGAAAAUUUGUGUGUUCGCUAUGAAAACAACCUGAAGCCUGUUCUGAAGCAUGUGAAGGCCUAUAUCAAACCAGGACAAAAGGUUGGGAUCUGCGGUCGUACUGGCAGCGGCAAAUCCUCCCUGUCCUUGGCAUUCUUCAGAAUGGUGGACAUUUUUGAUGGGAGGAUAGUAAUUGAUGGGAUAGACAUCAGCAAAUUGCCUCUGCACACGCUCCGGUCACGGCUCUCCAUUAUUCUCCAGGACCCAAUCCUGUUCAGUGGCUCCAUCCGCUUUAAUUUGGAUCCCGAAUGCAAAUGCACUGAUAACAGACUCUGGGAAGCUCUGGAGAUUGCUCAGUUGAAGAACAUGGUCAAGUCAUUGCCAGGAGGCCUUGAUGCCAUGGUCACAGAAGGAGGGGAAAACUUUAGUGUGGGGCAAAGGCAGCUCUUCUGUCUGGCCCGAGCCUUUGUCCGCAAGAGCAGCAUCCUCAUCAUGGAUGAAGCCACAGCAUCUAUUGACAUGGCCACAGAAAACAUCUUGCAGAAGGUUGUGAUGACUGCCUUUGCUGACCGCACAGUUGUAACAAUAGCACACCGGGUUCAUACCAUCCUCACUGCAGACCUGGUCAUCGUCAUGAAGCGAGGGAACAUCCUGGAAUAUGAUACUCCUGAGAACCUGCUUUCCCAGGAAGAUGGCAUCUUCGCUUCCUUUGUCCGGGCUGACAUGUGAACAGCCACAAAAUGCAUUUUAACAGCUUAUUUUUAAACAGAUGAAAUGCAAAUAUUUUCUACUCAGUGUAACAUCAUUUUACCUUUCUUGCUUUGUUUUUUAGAGCUUCUUUCUUUACACUUCCAUCUUCCAAAAUAAUAAAGCCUAUUGCAAUACAUAUAUGCCUUGAAGCAUUAAAAAUGUCACUUUAUUUAAAGCUAUUAAACUUCACACACACACACACACACACACACACACACACAUAUGCACACACAGAAUGGAGAAGUUUUUACUUCCUGGGAAUUUGGCAUUUUCCUUAGAAUUUUUACUGACUUUAUUUUUGUUUAAAGAAAGAAAAAGAAUGCACCGAUCUUAUAAACUUCUUAUGUUAUGCAGGAACCAGCAAUCAAAUCGUGCAGUUUGUCAAGGAAGCAAGAGGUUCCCCAGAUACAUUCCAUCUCCAGAGGGAAAAAUUAGGAAAGACAUCCAAGCCCAUAACACUUGGGGCAGUCUGCUGCAUUCCAAAGGCAUAAACUCUCCAAGUUGUAGCAGAGGGACAGUGAAUGAGGGAAAAGAAAUUAAUCAGGAAUAAAGAUGUUCUUCCUGUCCUUCACUUUAGUAAGCACACUUCAGUGGUGACAGAACUUUUUUCAGUGCAAUGAUGGUUUACUCCUACAGUCAGUUUUUAAAUCCAUAUUAAUUCUUACAACUUUCAUUAAAGAUUCAAAUCAUCCUAUGAUUAUGCAUGCUUUGAUAGACUUGUAGAGGAAUUUUGUACAGUAUCUCAAGACUUUAUAUUAAAAUUGAUCUGAAUUUAUAAACUUGAUAUUAACCAAUCCUUUGAUCAUGUCUACUAAAAUAUUCUGCUUAAAACGGCACGUAAUUAGCCAACCACUAAUCAUUUUAUAUGUCUUUUGUCUGUGGACCGGAUUUCUCUGAGCCUGAGAGAAUUACAGCCUGUCAGUGGCUGAUCUGUUCUCAAGAGAAAGUUUAUUGAGAGCUCUCUCGCUCAAGGACGAUCUUUGUAAACCGUUUUACUUUCUCAAAACAGUUCUGUAUAACUGUAGAUAGUGUGUUUUUCUCUUGUCCCACCAAUGGGACAAGAGGUGGUGUUCCCCUAACCAAUCAUGUUAAGCCUGUAGCGUAAAACCCUAUAAAAACGGAAAAGUUGAAAAAAUAAA